AACCGAGAAAAUAUGAUUGUUUACCUCAAAGAAGAGCUCCAAGAGAUGAAGGCUGAAAUGGACAUGGAGAGCUGCUACGUGAAGAAAAGCACAGACCUCCAAGUCCUACAAACCCAGAAGAAGUGCAGCAAUGCAGAGAAUGUCCUGAACGAGGCAAUUCAGAACUUAAGGAGCAAAACUGACGAGGAGAAUCGAGUCCACACAGAGAUUGAAAAUUUCCUCAGGCAAUACCAUAAGAAGGUAGAAGAGAAGCUGGAAUAUUGGGUGGACAAGUAUGAAAACGACACAGACGCUAAGGACAAUGAACUGGAGGCCCUGAAAGCAGCAAAGGCAAACAACUCGGAAAUGCUGCAGACACUUGCCAAGGAGUGUCAGAUGUUUGAGGAAACCAUCAUCAGCGACCGGGCGGAAAAGGAGGCGAGAAGAAGACAACUAGAGCAGGAUGCCCUGGAGCUGAAGAGCAUCUUGAAGCUGCAGGCCUGGUGGAGAGGUACAAUGGUCCGCAGAAACCUUGGACCUUACAAGGCCCUCAGGAAGAUUCGGGAGAAGCGGCGAUCAAAAGGUAAGGACAGGGAACGCUCCAGCUCGAUGCUGGCAGAGCCCACGCCACGACUGCGCUUACACCCCACGUCUGCACCUCACAGCAACCAUGGCGGUUACGUUACUAAUUUUAACUCUUCUUUUUCAUGUGCUGCUGACUUGGUACAUUUCAUAUCAGUCCAGUAUUUUCUGUCCGCAGUGGGUGUUAACAGUUGA